AUAUCAAAUUUCAUACCCAACCCUAUUGCUUAAAUGUCAGUAUAAGUACAAUAUAGUAACAAAAAAAAACUAUUCGAUGAAACAAAAUUCUCGAAAAAACUGUUAAAAAUCGUAUUUUACUCAUUUUAAGUGAGAUUUCUUGAUACGACAGAAAGGUGUUGAGGUGGAAUAUUGUUUCUUUUAUAAUAAAACUCAAGCAAGUGAAGAAAAAAAAUUGGUCAUCAAAAAUUGAGGAAACUUGAAGAUAUAACAGUUGCCAGUUCAAUUGAGUUUUUGCUUUAUACUAUGGUGUGAAAGGAAAGCAACUAACGAUCCACAUUUUUGUUACGAAGAUUAUUUUCACUUCUCAAAAGUGCAGAUAUAUAAAUAAAUGCGAGAAACUAAGAACAAUUUUUUAAGCAAAUACGGAAUUGAUUAUUUCACUUUGCAAAGCACUGAGUGUAUUAAAAGCAAUGGCCAAAGCUGGGUUAUAUGCCAGUGAAGUCUUAGUGAUGGAGGAAAAAGUUUAUUAAAAAAAAAUUCUACUCGAUUCAAAAUUUUGGAACUCCUCAACCUGAAUGUGUCGUUUAAAAACUCAAUAGAUGACAAAAAUGAACUGGAAAUGAUGGAAUGUCCAGUAUGUUUACAACUUUGUGUUCAUCCCAGCAAAUUGCCAUGUGGACAUAUAUUUUGCUUUUUGUGUGUCAAGGGCCUCAAAAAUCGACGAUGCGCAAUGUGUCGUACAGAAUUUCCCAGUGAGUUUCUUGAACAUCCGGAACUAUUAUUUAGCUCAAUGCCGUCAACAAGUAAUUUGGAUCAAAACGAGUAUCAAUGGUUUUAUAAAGGACAUAACGGUUGGUGGCAAUACGAUGAAAGAACCUGUCAAGAAAUCGAAGAUGCAUACAAAAAAGCACAAAAACAAUGUACUAUUUUGGUUGCCGGUAAUUUGUACCUUGUUGAUUUUGAUCAAAUGUUACAAAAGCGCCAGACUGAUCCAUCUCGAAAACGACAAGUGAAAAGAGAUCUCGCAACUAUUCCCAAAAAAGGUGUUGCUGGUUUACGUUUAUGGAACAGCGAUGGAACUGAGAUUGAAACCAGUAAUAACAAUAGCAUUUUACCCAGCAACAAUUAUGGUAAUGAUUUUCUGUUAAAUGCAGCGUUAAAAUACGUAGCUCUUUUAGUCAAUUCGGAGCGAGAUGUGAGACGUACGAUUGAAAAACUUGACAUAAGCGCCAGUCCCUCAUAACUAAAAAUGGUACAAAUUCGCAAUAGAUGGCGUUU